UUGAUCUGAAAAUGUGUUUCUGAGGCACCGUAUGGGUGGUGUGACGCAAUGCGGAGCCUCGGUAGGUACGGAGAGGCCAAGUUGAACUCUGAACCGCAUCGCCGUGAGCCUCUCAAAUGUUGUUAACAACGCGGAGGAGGCUCUGUAUAGUUACGCGUUGACAUGGUGAGGGUUGACGAAGAUGACCCCUACCAAGAUGAAACUGCGUGUGCGGAGGAGGGAGAGCGGAGGAGGAGGUGGUCAGGAACAGGAAGAGACCUCUAAGGCUUCCUCUCAGUCGGUUUCGGCCGAGGCGUCUCCUGACUCCAAAUGCCCAAUCUGUCUGGACCGCUUCAACAACAUGUCUUAUCUGGACAGGUGCCUCCAUCGCUUCUGCUUCCAAUGCAUACAGGAGUGGAGCAACAACAAGGUGGAGUGUCCGCUGUGUAAGCAGCCGUUCUCCUCCAUCCUUCACUCGAUCAAGGCCCAGGACAACUUUAAAGAGUUCACUCUCAGACCACCACCUGUUCCUGCGGAGAACGGAACCGCAAUGAUCGCAGCUGCCGAAGCAGCAGCAGCCGCUGCCUUGGUGACCGCCAGGGUAGGUGGUAGUCAUGGAGAACGAAGGAGGACGCGGAGAAGAGGAGGAGGACAGGGGAGAGGAGGGAGAGAGAGGAGACAGUCAGGACGACUGUGGAGAGGGAGGGGUCUGUCUUCUGAACCUCCUCUCCCUCCUCUUCAUCCUCCUCUUCUACCCAGGCCCGAGGAUGGAGGGAUGAGAGGAGAGAUGGAUGGAGAGGACCCGGGGGUCAUCUUUGAUGGGCUGACGGGGGCGUCCGCGCCCCCACCUCACGAUCGAGGGGUGCAGCGUCUCAUGGUGCGCCUGGCCGUCAGGCGACGAUCUCAGAGAGAGGGCCGCUCCGUGAGACCGCUCCGACCACGGGAGAUGCUCGCUUUCCGCCGGGCGCUCUACCGCAGUGGCGUUCGUGUCAGGAACGCCCGCGGGGGCUGCGAGAGGCCCCGUGACAUCACUGCGGCGUUUUACCAGCGGAACCCGGUGGCUCUCCAUAGACUCCUCCCCUGGUUACAGCGGGAGCUGACGGUGCUGUACGGCGCCCACGGCUCAUUGGUCAACAUCGUCCAGCGCAUCAUCACCUCGCGAAUCACACGUCACGACAUGGAGGGAGGGGGUGGGGCCAUCCAGGACGAACUCCGUCCCUUCCUGCUGGCGAGGACUGAUCACUUCCUUCACGAGCUUAUCAGUUUUGCACGUUCCCCUCUCAGUAUGGAAGUGUAUGACCAGCUGUCCAUCUACGACCCUCCAGCGCCGUCCUACGAGGACAGGAUGACGUCAUCAUCUAGCGACACUGACGACUCCGUCAUCGCCAUCUCGGAUGAAGAGGAAGAGGAAGGAGGGUCGGAGGGAGAACGAGAGAGACGGCCGUUGUCCGUAGCAGGAAGUAGCGCUCUGAGCCAAUCUGCUUGGGACGGUGAAACACCAGGACCCUCCUACUCUACAGCUAAGCCGUCCCAAUCCCCCAUGCCGCUGUCGAUCAGCCCAGGGGGGCGGGACUGUGGUCCAGCGGGGGCUAAUCAGAAUCCUGCUCAGGACACGACAGCGGCAGGAGAUGGAGAGAGGGUUGAGGAAGGAGGAGAGGAAGAAGAGGGGGAACAAUGUAUGAUAGUAGGGUUUGUUAAAGCCAUGGCUGAGAGAACUCCUGAACUGGUCCAACUCUCCUCUGACCCCUCAGACGAAGAGGGGGAGAAACAGGAGAAGAAAGAGACUGUUCCACAAACGGCGUUAAACCCUCUCUCUCUCGUUAUCCCUCCCCUCUCCACUCCUGUUCCCCCCAUCGCUCUGUUUACAAACGCCAGCACAGAGAGACAGGGAGGAGGGGGGGAGAGACAGGGAGGAGGAGGGGAGAGACAGGGAGGAGGAGGGGAGAGACAGGGAGGAGGAGGGGAGAGACAGGGAGGGGAGAGAGGAGUGGGAGUUAGCCAUCUAGACAGAGGGAGAGAGCAGGUAGAAGAGAGACUCCUCUAUUGCCCUCUAGGGGAGAGGAGGGAGGGCAGACACCGAGAGCGGUCCUGGUCAGGGUCGCGGUCUAGAAGCAGACAUCGGUCACGGUCCGGUCGAUCCAGGAGUUCUGAACGGAGCUGGUCAGCACGGAGCCCCGUGUCCGUACGGAGCGAUGACAGCAGCCAGGAACGGCGCCGGAAGAGACGGGCGAGAGGGCGAGAGAAAAGGAGACGGGUGAAAGGAAGAGGAAGAGAUUCCCACGACAGAGGAUCCUGUAGACAACGCAGGAGAGAGACCAGUGGAGGAAGUGAGAGGAGCAGAGGUAGAGAGAGAGAAAGGAUUCCAUAUGAACCAGCCAGGUCACAAUAUUCUAACACGGGAAUAUUCUUCAGUCUGGAAAACAGCGUCUUAUCCCAUUCCCCGUCCUUAUCCCGGAGUAGCCAGCAAGGACCAGAAUCUCCUAGGGAACACCAGCAUUCCCGGUCCUCCGACAGCCUCUCUUCCUCCAGCUCCCUGUCCCAUCUCUCUGCAGACAGACAGCAUUCCCGACGUUCCCCGCGCUCCGACAAGCCGGGAGGGAAGAGGAAAUACAAGACACGGCAUCUGGAAGACCCUUCCUGGGAGCCGCCCAGCUCUGCACGGACACGGAUGGGGAGAGGCGGGGAGCGAGAGAAGGGGAGAGGCGGGGAGCGAGAGAAGGGGAGAGGCGGGGAGCGAGAGAAGGGGAGAGGCGGGGAGCGUGUGAAGAAGAGGAGACGUCAUUCCCGCAGCCCAAGUGUUGAAAUCAUCUAUGAAGGGGUGACCGUGACCGCUGUUAGCCCUUUACCAAUCAAACACAACCACAAACGCCGGAGAAAACAACGUCACUACCUCACCCUCCAACACUCUCCCAUGGUCAUCACUAUAGACAGCGACAGCGACAACAAACACACGGUCCAAACGUCCACGCUGGAAGAUGACUGCGCUCUGGAUUUAUCUGACCGUUCUCUGACCGUGCCUGGUCUUCCGCUAGGCGAUCACAACCUGGACACGGGGGUUGAUAUCAGCGAUUUUGCGGUCGAUAUUCUCGACCGUUCUCUGAGCGUUUCGGACCGUAACUCGGACAUCGACCACAAUGACGUCAUCGACCGUGAAACGAAUGUCGACGACGACUGUGCGGUUGGCCUUUCUGUCAACGUCAAGGAAGGUCAUGUUCUCCACCAGGUCAAUCUGAGCUGUGACCCUGGGGUCGCGACCUCUGACUCUCGUCUCCUAGCGACCAUCCUACAGGACCUGGAACACAUCACGCUCCCUAACCUGACCUUUUUCCCCAACCUGAACCCAGACCCUAACCACAGCCGUAAUUCAACUACACCGGACCACAGGGAGAUCGCCAGGCCGGCCAGAGAGAUCGCACCGACUCAUUGGUCCUCUGAGGGAGAGAACGCCAGGCCGGCCAGAGAGAUCGCACCGACUCAUUGGUCCUCUGAGGGAGAGAACGCCAGGCCGGCCAGAGAGAUCGCACCGACUCAUUGGUCCUCUGAGGGAGAGAACGCCAGGCCGGCCAGAGAGAUCGCACCGACUCAUUGGUCCUCUGAGGGAGAGACUAACUUCAACAGCCCUGUUUCACCUACAGCCAAUCACUCUCCGAGUUCUGAAUCAUUCACAGACUACCACCCUGCUAGUCCUAUAUCUCCUGUCACUCUGCCGGUCCUCACUGGAUCAUCUGUAUCGGCCAGUCCUGUGUCGGCCAGUCCUGUGUCGGCCAGUCCUGUGUCGGCCAGUCGUGAUCAGGAGGGGCCUAACGCAGUAUACAGCGCUGACUGA